GUCACGAGUGGAUAGUGGAAGAUACCGUCGGAAGUCAAGUGGAAAAAAGUCAAAAAUUUUCAGUUGAAUUUUGCUAAUGCGUUACGUAGGGAAUGUUAAGUGUAACGUAAACGACAUGUAAUAGAAUUUGUAUUCUCACAGCCUGAUUAGAAAGCAAUGCAAGCCAGCAGUAUUUUGAUAGUAAAUGUCAACACAAACGUAUCCUAUGUCAAACUAUGUUUCGUAAAGCAUUUCAGCUGAUAACAGUGACGGUGAUACGUUUGAAACAGUGGGAUUGGCCGAAAGACAAGGUGUAAGCGAGUGGCUGUGUAAAAGCCGAUGUAAAACUAAGUACUGUGUGUACUAAAUGAAGGAAGACGUAAAUGCAGAGAGAUCUGGAUAUGUUUAUCGUGUAAACGGUUCCUGAAAGGAGUAUUGGAUAUAUUGAGAAUGUCUGACUCUGCUUCUCCUGGCUACCAUCAGUUAAGUGUCACAAUUGAAUGUGCUCAUCUUCGUGGAAACAGUAGCUUCUUGAAACCUAAUCCCUAUGUAGAGCUCUCUGUCGAUGAGAAGACUCCAAGAAAGACAGAAGUAGUGAGAAACACAUAUCAACCAAGGUGGAAUGAAGAGUUCACAGUGUUGGUUACUCCUCAGUCACAGCUUCACUUUAGGCUUUUGGAUCACAGCACAUUUCGCAAAGAUGCAGUCAUAGGAGAGAAGCAGCUCAGUCUUUUUGAAAUCCUUACACACUACAAUGGAAAAUGUGAGAAUUUAGAACUUACUGUAGACAUGAUGAGUGAAACUAAACAUGAUACCCAACCAGUAAAAGUAGGUGAUCUUGUCAUGGUAUUAAAUGGCAUGCGUGUUGAUAUGAGUACUCAACUAGCCAAUGUUCAGCAAGAAAACCACACAAGGAGUCUUACAACUGCAUCAACAGGGCAACCAAAUAAUGAUCCACCUGGAGCAAACAGGAGUAUUCUCAAUGGUGGUGUACGUGCAAGAACUCGUCAGCAAGGGAGCGAGAAUCCUUUGCCUGGUUCAUCAAGUAGAAGCAGUGCUCAUUCAGUUUCAGGUUCCAAUUCAAUUACUCCAUCAAGCCCUCCAUCAGCAGCCACAAUAAAUGGAACAUCAGUGCAAGUACCAUCUGGAGGUGCAUCUGUUUCGGGACCACCUGCACUGUCAGCGGUACCAGCACUCCCCACCAUGAAUGGUGUGUCAGCAGUUAAUGGCAUGCCUAGUCCUAAUCCAGUUGGUGUACCACUUGGACAGCCAGCAAAUGGUGGCAUUGAAGCACCCACACAGAGGGGUCAAGCUGUAGGAGUUGAAGAGCCAUUACCUGCAGGGUGGGAAAUGAGGUACGAUGUGUACGGUCGGCGUUACUACGUUGAUCACAACACACGCAGCACUUCUUGGGAGCGUCCGCAGCCUUUACCCCCAGGUUGGGAAAUCCGAAGAGAUCCUCGAGGUCGUAUAUACUAUGUAGAUCACAAUACACGCACCACAACUUGGCAGCGACCGAACUCAGAGAGGCUGCAGCAUUUUCAGCAUUGGCAAGGAGAGCGUGCACAUGUUGUGCAGCAAGGCAAUCAGCGCUUUCUUUAUCCCCAGCAUACAUCAGGUGCGGCAUCAACAGUUGAUUCGGAAGAAGACAAUCUUGGUCCUCUUCCAGCUGGAUGGGAGAAAAGGGUGCAACCUGAUGGUCGUUGCUACUUUGUCAACCACAAGAACCGCACUACUCAGUGGGAGGAUCCUCGUACUCAAGGACAGGAAGUUGGAGCUGAUGAAGCGGCUCUCCCACCAGGUUGGGAAAUUCGAUUAACGGAAGAUGGUGUCCGUUACUUUGUUGAUCAUAACACAAGAACAACAACAUUCCAAGACCCUCGACCUGGAGCUCCAAAGGGGCCAAAAGGUGUAUAUGGUGUGCCCAAGGCAUAUGAAAGAUCUUUCAGGUGGAAACUUGGACAGUUUCGGUACCUGUGUCAAAGCAAUGCACUUCCUAGUCAUAUCAAAAUAACAGUAACUCGCCAAACAUUAUUUGAAGAUUCUUAUCAUCAGAUUAUGAGGCUACCUGCUUAUGAACUCAGAAGACGACUUUACAUUAUUUUUAGAGGAGAAGAAGGUCUUGAUUAUGGUGGCGUUUCCAGAGAAUGGUUCUUUUUGUUGUCACAUGAAGUACUGAAUCCAAUGUAUUGUCUUUUUGAAUAUGCAAACAAGAACAAUUACAGUCUACAAAUAAAUCCAGCUUCAUAUGUAAAUCCAGAUCACUUACUAUACUUCAAAUUUAUUGGUCGUUUCAUAGCAAUGGCUCUUUAUCAUGGACGUUUCAUUUAUUCUGGAUUUACAAUGCCAUUUUAUAAGAGAAUGUUAAAUAAAAAGUUGACAAUGAAGGACAUUGAAUCAAUAGACCCAGAAUUCUACAAUUCACUUGUUUGGAUUAAAGAUAACAACAUUGAAGAAUGUGGCCUAGAACUCUAUUUCAGUGUCGAUUUUGAAAUUUUGGGUCAAGUAAUACACCAUGAACUGAAAGAAAAUGGUGACAAGAUCCGUGUUGUUGAAGAAAAUAAAGAAGAAUACAUGAGGCUGAUGACAGAAUGGAGAAUGACACGUGGCAUUGAAGAACAGACCAAAGCAUUCCUGGAUGGUUUCAGUGAAGUGGUACCUCUUGAAUGGUUAAAAUAUUUUGAUGAACGUGAACUGGAGCUGAUGCUCUGUGGUAUGCAGGAAAUUGAUGUCGAUGAUUGGCAACGUAAUUCAAUUUAUCGGCAUUAUACCAGAAACAGCAAACAAGUUGUAUGGUUUUGGCAGUUUGUCAGAACAACAGACAAUGAGAAACGGGCAAGACUGCUUCAGUUUGUCACUGGUACCUGCAGAGUUCCUGUUGGAGGUUUUGCUGAACUCAUGGGGAGUAAUGGUCCACAGAGAUUCUGUAUUGAAAAGGUAGGCAAGGAAACAUGGCUGCCAAGAUCUCACACUUGCUUUAAUCGACUUGAUCUCCCGCCAUAUAAGAGUUAUGAUCAACUUGUUGAAAAGCUGAAUUACGCUAUUGAAGAAACUGAAGGUUUUGGACAGGAAUAGUAAAAGUGCCUACAGUGCUACAAAAUGUCCAAUUUAAACCCGGUACCAAAAUAAUUUUGAUGAUACAUGCGUGCACAGUUAUGUUCAUGCAAUACUAUCAUGUUGUUGCAUAUUUUAUGACUUUGUAAUAUUGUAUAAUGUAUAAUUAAUUGUCCAGAGGUGUACAGAAAGUAAUAUGUCAAAUGUUAAAUAUGUGGAGACUAUAAUUAAAUCUUUUACAUAAAAGUGUACCUGCUGUGUGUGUGUGUGUGUGUGUGUGUGUGUGUGUAAAUAAGUGUGUAACUAUUGAUGAUUGCUGUGUGUACAGAUUAUGUAAUGUAAAAUAUUCCAGUGAUGCAUUUUAAGAUGAAAGAACUGUUACUUGAUUCUGUGAUUAUUGCACUGAUAUAUAUUAGCCAGAUGUUGUAACAUAUUUUCAUGUGUAGAUAGUGAUAAGGUUUCCCAUAUAAAUAUGAACAUAUGAAAUAUCUGUUGUACAUUACUAAAAAAUGAACAUUUUAAAUGAUAAAAAUUUGUGAAUAUUAUUAAUAUCAGGUUAAUAAAAAGUGCCUUUCAGUUUCGGCUGGUACUGAAAGCAGUCGUGUGUACUUUA